GCGGCUGCCGAUACUCGGACGAGGGGCGGUUAAGGGUGCCGACGGUGGCGGUGAAGGGGCCCAGGGGAUGCAGGUCGUCGACUCGCACAUACUUAUACACGCGCGCGCACGCAAUCGCGCCGCCGCCUUCAUAAACGCGCGCGCGGUCGAGGCCAGUGUUGUCGUGUAAUACGCGUACUACGCACCGCCGCCGCACGAUCAGACGUCGAGCGCUGUCCAUCCGCCCCCGACCGCGAGGCAUCGUUAGGGAUCCUCAGCCAUGUCGUCAGCAGCCGCGUCAGCCGCCACCGAUGACGACGACGAGCAUCAGAGGCAGCCGCUGCCCGCCGACCCGGACUGGCUGUCAGGCGUCAUCAGCCGGCUGAUCGGCCGGCCGCGAGACGCGGUCACGGUGAUCUGUGACCGGACCAUCGCCACGCCCGCGGUGUCCGACCCGCACAACGUGCUCAGCUCUAUAGUGGCAGUGCACAUUGUGUACGCGGUGGACGGUGUCCCGGGCACUGACUCACUGGACGUGGUCAUCAAGAGCUUGCCGCAAGAGCCCUACUCCAGGGCGUUCGUGCUUGAGGCCCAGUUCGACUACAGAGAAGUUCACUUUUAUAACACGGUAUUAUUUGAGUUAAGAAAUCUCGAAGAAGAUGUGCUAACAAAUCACAAUCGUUCCGCGAUUGGUGACAUGCCAGUUGCCAAAUGUUACUUUGCUGGUAUGAAUGCCAGUGGUAAGGACGAGUCGAUGUUAGUAUUGGAAAACUUAUCCAAACGUGGAUAUACAGCAGCCAACUUCUCCGCUGGACUGACAUACACAGAAGCCAAACUCGCUCUCCGUUCUAUAGCUCGAAUCCACGCCACAUCUCUUGCUUUAAAACUUAAGCACGGGCCGCUCACCGAACGUUGGCCGUUCUUAUUCCAAACAUCCCGUGCUACACUAUCUUACCAAGCACUCGUCGAACGGGGAAUGCCACAAUUACACGUUUUCCUACGAUCUAAAGGGCCUCAAUACGACACUUUAAUCAAUACACUUAGAUCUCUAUGUCGUGUCACUAAACAAAUAAUCGGAUCGCUAAUGAUACCUAAAGAACCAAUGGGGUUGAUGACGCACACAGACUUUUGGUGUAACAAUUUAAUGUUUGGAGAACAGGACCAAUGUGUAAUACUAGACUGGCAAAUGAUAUCCUAUAGUAGACCAACCAAUGAUGUCGCACUUUUGCUUGUAAGUAGUUUGUCAACUGAAACCAGACGAAAUCAUUCAAAUGAGUUGGUAGACAUCUACUGGAAAGCUUUAACAACGCAUGCGAGUAAAUUGGGCGUAGACAUAGAAGGACAACUCGAAUACAGCCGAUAUGACUUGGAUGAAGACAUGAAGGAAUCAAAGUUAUUAGCAGUACUUUUGUGUAUAGGUUCAGUGGACGUUGCUUUAGGCAAUGAAGAAACUGAACAAAGAUUACUAGACCUGUUGACCGAUCUACAAGCUGAAGAAAUCUUCAAUAGACAUUUAACUGAAAUUUCAGCAUAGUAUUUAUUCUAUUUUAUCUUUGUUUAUUAUGUAUUUCUCCUUUCUCAAUUAAUACAUUUAGAGCUUUCACACUAUAUAUAAUAUAUAAAGAAAAAUAUACUUGUUAAUUAUAAGGGUUUUAUUUCACUUUUACUUUUAAUAUUAGUUCUGCAAAUUCAGAUGGCUCUUGAGGUAAAUGUAAUUUUUUUUAAAGUGUUAAGAAUUUAUGAAUUAUAUUAAUAUUAGAAAAAUAUUGCUAAAGCUAAAUCAACAUAUUAAUUUUAUUUCAUGUACUGAACUUUAAAAAGCCUUAAUUGUUAGCAUAACCUUAACACGGUAUGUAUAGUAAUUAAUUUAUUAUUAGAACUAUAGCUCAAAACAAAUGUAUAAACAUUAAACAUGUUAUGUUUUUCUUUUUAAAACCAGUUUUUACUGAUUCUUUACAUUUUGACAUGUUAAAAUUAUGUUGCCUAAAUUAAUGUAACGGUGCUGUCCAUACUACUCGUAUUAUGUGAUUUUACUUACUAUAGUAAUAAUAAACAUUAUUGAUUAUAAAUUAUAAAUUAAUAAUUAUUUUUUAAGUACCUUUGAGUUAUAAGGUACUAUAAAAGUAUAUACAUACAAUAAAAAAUAUUCAAAUAAUGUUUGUGUAAAGAUAUGAAGUACUCACAAAAAAUGGUCAAAAAGCAUAUUUUUAAUUAAAUUCUACAAAUUUAGUGAUUACAAAACUUUUAAUACACAUUUAAACAUUGAUAAUAAAACAAUAGAUACCAUUCCCAUUGUAAAUGUUUUAAAAUAAAGUAAUGAAAAUAUUACUUUUAUAUUUAUAAGAUAAAAUACAAUUCACAUAUACUCCUCUGUUAUAACUUCAAUCCCAGGGACAAAUUAAAGUAAAACAAUCUCAAGUCUAAAAUAUUUAAUAAAACCAUUAAAAAAAAUAUAAAAAUAAUUUUGAACCCUCAAUUCUAUAAUUAAUAAUUAAUAUAAUUAGGCUAUAUCAAUUGGUUCACAAAUUGUGAAAAAAUAUAAAAAUAUAAAUUAGGUACUUAUUUAAUUACCAUAAUAUUUUUUUUAAUUGAACCAUAAUGGCAUAAUAAUAAUAAUAAAUAAUGUAUAAUAGUUUUAAGUUAAAAAUAAUAAUUGAGAAGUAAAUA